AUGCAACAAAAGGCCAACCCCAACCAACGGCGUGUCUUAGCAAGUGUGGUCAGGUUCAUCAAGAACGCAGACAUCAGGCUGUCCAGGCCAUCCGAAAUGGACGAAAAACGGAAAUGGUGCCAGCAGAAUAACAAUGAGAUGAGUUGGUCCGGCUUUUGGCAAGUUCCGUGGCGACGUUGGUAUCUCGUCAUCUCGGUGGUCACUCUGGUGAUUGCAAAUUACUGCUUUGCCGAAGUGUUCGUGUUUGUGGCAAACCGCCACGGUGCGGUAUUGUUUGACCCAGUACUGGCAUUGUUUGAUCCCAUUGACAAUAGUGUUGCCAUCUCUCUGGUCCUCUAUUCCUCCAUGGGGCUCUACUUUUCGGAUCAACUCUUUCGACCCAGAGCUCUCCUCGCUGGUAACCACUCCCUCUUUCUCGUCAUUUCCAUUCGAGCCAUCACACUCCUCUUGACACCCUUGGAAGCUCCGCCCAAAGUCAUCCCCCUUGGCGACCCCGUCUUGCGGCUUCUCUUCCACACCAGCACGGACUACACCAAGGAUCUAUUCUUCUCGGGGCACACUGCCACAACGACCUUGAUGUGCCUCAAUGCGAGAGGAUGGCGCAGAAACGUCCUACUCUUAUCCACUUUGCUGGUGGCAACGGGUGUUCUCUUGCAACAUGCCCACUAUACCGUGGAUGUGGUUGGGGCUCCAUUCAUUGCAUUCACCUGCUACAAGAUCGCGGUUUGGUUUGAUGCCAUAAUGCCAUACAAGGUUUGCAGCAAGGUUUGCAUUCAUUGAAUCCACCAAGCCCUAUUAAUAGCAUUCAUAAUCUCACCCAACC